AUGCUUUUUCUUGAUGAUUUCUUAGAGAUGCUCGAUGAGCUUCCAGCCGAACUGAAAGAUAGAAGCGAGGAAAUUCGACGGAUUGAUUAUGAAGUUGAAUCAAGGCUGAACCGUAAUAGAGAAGCUAUCAAUGAGUUUUUUCAACGAUCUGGCGUUAAUAUGUCGGCUGAGCAAAGAAGAGAGAAAUCUAAAGGUUUCCAAGACGAGUUCGAAACUAUAAAAAUAUUAGCUCAGAAGAAGUUCUUUAUCGCUGAGAAGAUGCAGGAGCUAUUGAAAAAAUAUCAAACCCAUUUGGACAAAGAAAAAACCAACUUCCAGUGUGAAAUGGAAGCAGAUAAUUCUGGAGUUACGGAAAUGAUCGAAAAGCGGUAUACACAGCACAUUGAAGCAGUCAUCACAGCUAGAAAAGAAAGAAAAAGAAGGCAUCGCGUUGUAUCUUCUCGUGCCUCAACAGUUGCUUCGGGACCAUUAAUAUCAAGAGAUUCAAACGAUAAAAUUCAAAGAAUAUUACAAGAAGGGAUGCGGCUGAGAUUAGAUUUUUCUGAUGACUCAGCACACUCUGCUAUGUCAUCUGCAAUUCCAUCUCCAGCUCCACGUGGAAGGCCUCCAAAGAUUAACAGAGAUCAGAUGUUCUUGUCGUCUUCAAUGAUUGCAAGUGAUGAUUGCAUGACACCAAUUGCUACUCCAACAGCAAGACGCCGGUCUAAUACAAAUGCUCUUCGUGGAACAGUCUCUAUACCAAGCGCGAUCGUCUCCAUGAGCCGCGGAGAGUCAAGUGGUCAUUUCUCUCCAAACCCAUCGGAGAGAAGCUGGUCGAACGCCGGGAUUGACGAAUCGCCAACUCCAACCAGUAAUUUGACAACUCCAGUGUUUUCGUCAGGCCCACAUAUUCCCAACUACUCAACUCCGCAAUCGUCGCAGGUUUUGCAGAAUUCCGCAUUUGUUGUGUCAGAAAGCCGUCAUGGAAGAACUAGGAAAUUGACGAGUAGAGUUCAAGAAAUGUUCAAGGAGACUUUACAACGGCAACGAAACCAUGGUAACUCGAUAAUUGCUCUUCAAGAACGUAUGACGGCUGCAAGCGCUGCUCAACAAUACUCCACCACCUCUCCAGCAGCCUCUGGAUCUCCUACACCAGCUUCUGCACGAAACGGGUCACCGAAUGAAGUUGAUGACGAUGUCAGGACUGACAAUGCAAAACGUGGAUCCUUUGCACCAAAUGACCAUCGUGAGCCAAAUGAGCAUCGUACACAUCAAGAGACAGAUGACGAAGACGAGGGUGACCAACGUCGUUGGUGUUUCUGUGACGAGAAGAGCUACGGAGAGAUGGUUCGAUGUGACAAUCCAGAUUGCAAUCUACGCUGGUUCCACUAUCCAUGCAUUGGAAUGGUUGAGCCUCCUGUUGGAACAUGGUUCUGCCCACGUUGCGUUGUCAAGACAGGAUUAGAAGAGGAGGAGGAGAAAGAAGAAGAAGACGAAGAAGAAGAGAACGGAGACGAUCAAGACGAGUAA